UGAAUGCAACAGAGUUAGUCAGUUUUUCAAUGUUCGUCGUCAGCCAGGUCAAUCAGUCCAUGAACUUCCUGUCGGUUGCCUCCGUACGCUCCAGUAUUUUGUUUUUUUUUACUUUUAAGUUCUCCUGCGCGAAAGCCAACAGCUGUCUGUCGCUUUAAGUUUUUCUACUCUGAAACUGAACAAACACACACUUUCACGGCGAGAUUCGACAACAAACAUGUCACUUGUUUUCGUUGACUCUAUGAAGCUGAGAGAAAAUGGAGGCUUUACUAGAAGCAGUGCAAAACCUUGGCCAAGAAGGCAAUAUCCUCACCACCUGUGAAGUUGAAUUGCAAGAACUGAUGAAGCAGAUUGAUAUCAUGAUGGCCUAUAAAAAAUCAGAAUGGGAAUCACAGCUCCAGUCAGUGGAAACUAGGCUGAAGGUCCGUGAACAGGAGCUUAGUGCCAUUCGAUUACUGCUUGACCAAAAGCAAACAGAGGUGGAUCUGUUACAAGAGCAGUUACAGGACAGUGAAAAAAAUCAACAUGAUAUGGUGGUGCAGUAUGAAUCACAGCUCAACAUAUUUCAGGGAGAGAUUGAGAAACUGAAGAAAAGCUAUCAGAAGUUGCAGAGAUGGCAUUUCAGGGAAGUGAGGGAAGACAUGAAGGACAGACAAGACAGGAAAGCGAGCCUGUCUGAACUCAACAGGCUGAACAAGAAGGUUGAGAAAUCAAUGGAGGAAAAUGAAGAACAGAACAAAAAACCACAGGGAGAAGAAGACCACGUCAUUCAGAGUAAAAAUCCCCAACAGAAACAACUGUAUAAGGAAUUGACCAAAUGUAAUGAAUUGCUGCAGUCCACAGAGCAGGCUGCCAGCAGGUUGUCAGAAAGCUUGAAGCAGCAGUAUAAUAAUGCACCUCCCAGCCAAACUGAACUUCAAGAGGUCCCACUCUAUGCAAGCCUUCAAGCUGAGAAGAAUCUCAUGGAUGAAAUUAUAGUCCUUCAGCAUAGUUUAGAUUCUGCAAAUCAGGAAAUUUUCAGAAAACAGGAGGAGCUGAAGCAGAUGAAAGAAGAGUAUAAUAAAUGCAAUUCAGACGUGAAAAAGCUGAGAGACCAGUUGGAUUUGGUGGAGCAGCAACAUUAUUCUGAGUUGAAAGGAAUGAAGUUGGAGAUUUCACAGCUGACCACAGAACUGCACCAGCGUGAUGUAGCUAUUGCAGAAAUGAGUGUAGCCACCUCCAACGUGGAUCGCCAGCUUCAGAGUGAACUUGAGAAAGCUGACAGAAAAGCUACAGAAAUCAAGCUCACACAGAUGCAAUUCAAGACCUUGAAAUUAGAAAAUCAACGCUUGGCAGGAAUCUUAAAAGGAGAUGAGCAGAAUUGUUCACUCAUGGACCUUCGGGAUGGCUACUUUUCAUCUCUGAGGCAAUUGGAACAGGAAAAUCAACAGCUCCAGAAAGAACUAGCUGACGUUAGAAACAAACUGGAAGUGUCAGUCAAAGUGUCUCAGGAGAGAUAUGAAAUGCUUCUGCUGCAGAUACAGAAAAAGCUGAUAGACAUCAGAGAGACUGAAGACAGGAGAGUGGAAGAGCUCCAGCUUGAACAUGAGGAGGAGUUGCAACAGCUUCAGAUGCAACUCAGGGAGAUGACUACAAAUGCCAAAGAUUACAAGCUGCCUAAACAGAGUCAACAUCCACUGUCCAAGCCUGACUGCAGUAAUUUAACAGAAGGUCAAGGCCAAGCUGGUGAGAUUGACCAUUGCAAUGUUCAUCAAUGGAACUCAUGUGUUGUUUCGCCAUCUGACUCUCUGCAUGGGAUCACAUCUUGCACAUUGUCUGAAGAUGAGAAUGAAGUGGAUUUUCCUGACAGUGUGUCAGUGCAGUCUCUCUGUUCACUUCAUGGUGACCAACAUCUGCCUCCGAGCCUAGCAGUUGAAUCUUCUAAUACGUCAAUAGCAGCCAAGUUUAUUGAGGCUGAGGAUAUACGGUCACAGCAACUCUUAAAACAACUGGACAUGCAUAUUGAGGAACUGAAAAUUGAAAGCGAAAGAACUGUUGAUAAAUACAAAUGAUCUACAGUUGGAAGGGCAGCUCAUGGGCUUACUUUGGUGGAAAUUCUACUGUGCGAGAAUCAGUAAUUUGAAGCUAUUGUAUAGGUUGUUGAGUCUCAGUGAUUGACCUGUAUGGUUCCUUGAAAGGCAUCUCAUGUAUAUUAAGUAUGAGUUUGCCAUCUUGUCUAUCUUCUGAGUUCUUUGUUUGCGAUACUGUGGCUUUUUGUUCUCCCUUAAGUUAUACUGGAAAGGCAAGACAGUGUUGAUAGUGUACUGCUGAAGUUGUGCCCCUAUAUCCAUCAAAGAAUCUGUCCUUUUAUAGAUAAGGUAACUAAGCCAAGGAUUUAAUAUUGGAACUGCUAAGCUGCAAGUUUUACUUGUAUGACCACAACACUGAGCAUUUGCUGACAUUGGUGCUGUGCUAAUUGUGUUCAUCAGAUUAUCCAACAUGCAAGAAAUACACACUGAAUGUCUUGAGUUUAAAAUAACGGUGCAUUUUAUUUUGUAUAUUGAUGUGAACUGAUGAGUGAAAAUAGAUUUCCAACCUCUAAUAACAUUCUUCAAUGCAAACAGAGUUGAGAAACAUUGUCUUUAGAUUAUUUUAUCCAUAGCCUACCUUGUGCUGCAAGUAUUUGAUGGAAAAUUGUAAGUACUGAAAAUACAAAUUUAUGAAGCUGGUUUUUGAGCUGAAGCUUCCAUCAAUAAUGUCUUUAUUUAACAUAGAUUUAUCAAUAAAUUUUAUAUAGA